AUGAGCCGGAGCAGAGGCGCGGAGGCAGCGCGAAGUCCGGAGGGAGAAGCCGCCUUGAUCUCGAGUCCCGUCAACAGACCGGCUUUAAAAGGCUCGACCCUUGAAAAUCAGACUUCAGGGCAGGUUGCCCGCAGCACGCCCCAACCAAACGGUCACAAUAACGACACUGGGUCUGCCUCCAUUGGUACUCCAUCGCGAGAUUGUUGGACAUGUGGCAUCACUCGCAAUGCCAGCGCGCGCCAACUCGUUCCCAAGCCAACUUCUACCGACAUCAACGCUGACCCGAGAGCUAUGAAGUUGGGGGUGCCUACGGUUUUGAACACGAUGAAGAAGGCGGAGGGGAGCAAGAGCUACGCAGCGUACAAUGCCAUGAGGAAGCAACGGGGGCGCCAAAUGACAUUGGUCGUCAGAGCCGGACAGUCUCUCACGCGCCCGGAACCUACCCAAUCAGUCUUCGUAUUUCCUGAGCGGUAUCAGCUUCUGGACAUUCUGUGUAGGAAUGAUGAUGUGGUCAAGCUCGAGUAUCAAGCCGCCGCUAGCCAUCGCCUCGAAGCGCUGAAUGCACUAGCAAGUCGAUACCAUGGACGUCAAGCUGCUUGUCUUUCAAAGUUUCGGCGAUAUUACCUAUCAUACCCUGUGAAAGAGCCUCCGAGCCCUGCGACUGCUGCUUUAUCCAAUAGAGAAGCAAAUUAUGCCUGUAUUAAGUCAUAA